AUGAGCAGUACCACCGCGUGCCGCUUCUUUCAAUCGCCUCAAGGCUGUUUUCGUGGAUCAUCGUGUACAUUUCGUCACGAUCAUGAAGUGCAUUCAAAUGACGUCUCGCUCAGUCUUGCGAAUCCGUACGUCAAUGGUACCAUCCCGACGUCCAAUCAGCCACAAACAUGUCACUUUUUCACGGCUGAUAGCGGCUGUCGCAACGGCAGCAACUGUCCAUUUGCUCACGUGAUAGUGAAAAGCGACAAUUUGAAAGCGCUCGAGCGUGUUACGCGCGAUGAGCUGGCAGUGUCUUCACUGCAGCCCAUGGCUGGCGUUACUGACCCUGUCUUUUAUGACCGUCCAGGACCUACGAUUCGAUCACAUCAUAGACAUGUGUCUUCUAUUAUAGUCACGAAUCCCAAUAAAAGGAAAUUGCAUAUACAAGCAAACCCGCAAAAAAAGGAGACGAUUAGUGAAAUUUUACCAGUCUUUACAAGGGACAUUGAAGGACCGUUUUUUGCAAUAGAUGUUGAAUGUGUUGCCACGGGUAAUGGCACGGAUGACCGUGAUGUAGCGCGAAUUGCUAUGGUGGAUGAAGAUGAAAAGGUGGUUUUUGAUCAAUACGUGAAACCUACAAAACCAAUUGUUAGCUACCUCACACAGCUUACAGGCAUUACUAAAAGCAAUUUGAAAGAUGCACCAGAAUUAAAAGAAGCUUUGAUUGGAUUGAAAAGAAUUUUGCCUGUAGAGAGUGUGAUCAUAGGACAAUCGAUAAAGAAAGAUCUAGAAUGGCUCACGCUACAAAAACCAAUGGAUUACAAGGACGAAUUUGACGUAGCCGAUUUGUUUCGACUUCCAGUGCAAGCUACAAAUGGUGUCGUACGCUAUCGAUACUUUUCACUACGACAUGUGGCUAAAUAUUUGCUAGGACACGACAUACAAGAGGCGGAUCAUAAUCCAGUUAUUGAUGCACGAUAUGCCAUGAAAAUAUUUAAUAAAUUUCGGCAUCUCCAUGAAAAUCCAAGUCGACGUGACGCCGUGUUGCAGACGCUUUUAAAAACACCACGUACACCGUCAUUUGCAGAUCGAUUUCCAGUCAUUGAUGGUGUCUCGAUGCGUGUACCGCGAAUGCGAAGCACGUCUCCUGUACUCGGACAUGUUGAUCAGGUUGCUUCUGAAAUUGCGCAGUAUCGUACUAGUCGCUCUCAACAUGGCCAGCCACCUUCUUUGUAA